AUGACGGUCUCAGCAAUUCGAAUACCCUUCACCGGCCCCUUGCCCCCACCGAUAGUUGUUCCGCCUUCCGCCAGCUCAGUGUCCGGAGCAAUCGAUGCCUUCCUCAACUUUCUGACCGCUGCACCGUCGCCCUACCUCCGCGGAGUGGAUGUUGGGCGGAAUCUUCAAACGGUCCUCCUGACUGGGGCCGGAAUAUCUGUGGCGUCUGGACUGUCAGAUUACCGGGGUGAGAACGGCACGUACAUGACGAACAAGACGUAUCGCCCGAUUUAUUUCAAUGAGUUCGCAGCGCGACAUGAAUCGCGGAAGAGAUACUGGGCUCGCAGCUUUGUCGGAUGGCCCGGGCUUCUGAAAGCGAAGCCGAAUACGACUCACUGGGCCGUCAGAGAUCUCGGCGCCAAAGGCUACAUUAGCUCCGUGAUAACUCAGAACGUCGAUUCCUUCCAUCCGAUCGCUCAUCCCGAGAUCCCAUCGAUUGAACUACAUGGAUAUUUGAGGUCUGUUGUCUGCUUGAGCUGUCGAAACCAAGUCCCAAGAGCUGAGUUUCAAAAAUCACUCGAGAAACUCAACCCGUCCUGGGCAGAGUUUCUAGCGAAGAUGGUUGCUAUCGGGGCACUUGAUACAGAUAACCCUGAGGAGCAGCGGCGUAGAGGCUUGAAACUCAACCCAGACGGAGACGUUGAACUGCCAGAAGCACCGUAUUCCACGUUUCGCUACCCGUCAUGCCCGACUUGCCGUGAGAAACCUCCACAACUUCAAGAUGGAACGCCCGCCAGGGUCGAGGUCGAAAAAGAUGGUGCUUGGCUGCCAACGUCGACGGCGGGUAUUCUGAAACCUGCGGUGAUCAUGUUCGGAGAGAACAUUGAGCCGCCUGUCAAAGUGGCUGCUGAAGAGGCCAUUGACGACGCAGGCCGGUUACUCGUACUCGGCACCUCGCUCGCCACAUACUCCGCAUGGAGGUUAGUGGAAAGAGCGUGCAAAAGAGGAAUGCCCAUCGGAAUCAUAAACCUUGGAGGCGUUCGCAAUGAAGCCGUCCUUCUCAAGGAAGCGGACAAAAGCAGCGAUCUGUUCUCGCAUUACACUCGCUGCAGCCUCCACUCGGAUGCCAUUCUGCCGUCUGUCGCGUCUCAACUUCCUAGCCUUUCGCGCUAA